AUGUCUGGUGUAACCUAUGAAGAUAUUAAAAAGGCUAAUCGACGUUUAGAGUCGCCGCCAGGGGUGGCAGCACCUGUUGGUAGAUGCCAGAACCAAUGGCAAACACCCAUAACGAUGUAUGGAAGGAAUAACCUGGAUUGGGAGGUGAAACUCAAGGAAUCGUCAUUCGUUGGAGACAUGGAAGUUGACAGUUGGGACUGGUUCGAGUCUCGACAAGUAGUCGAUGUGGUUAUGGACUUACUUCAGAAAGAACUGCGAAGUAAGGGUAAAAGAUAUGAAGGUCUCGUUAUCAACUCGUACGUUCGACAAGGUAGCUCUCGAGAGGGAUUGAAAGUUUUAAAUGCUGACGAAUUUGACGCAAUGCUAGAAUUCCACUUUGAAGGGCUGGACGAGCGAAUUGAACAAAAAGAUUUCAAGAACAGCGAUCUAAUGAUGUUCGUUCCGUUUCAUUGCUAUUUGGCUUUUUAG